AUUCAUAGUAAUAGCACAAAAUAACUUCCUAUAGUUUUUAACUAUUUUUUUGUAGUAGUAAGUAGCUUUCUAUUAUUCAAUAAAUAAUAAAAUUGAAUGGUUAAAUAAUAUAAUUAAUUAAACUUUAAUAAUUGACUUUAAUUUGGAGUUCCUCAGCGAUGUCUCAAGAUAGCAGAACGAAUGAUUAUGUACGAACAGUUGAAGAUGUGAAGAAAGUAAUUGAACAUGCCAAACUUUCGGAAGAUGAUCUAAAACCGAAUGUCCAACCAAUUUAUUUUGGGGAACAAUUUGAAAAUUAUAAAUUAUUAGAACUCGAUGAUGACAUUUUAUCGGAUCUCAAAUGCGGUCAAACUGUAGUUUUUAAAGGGGAUAAAAAUGAGACGGCUGUGUUAUGCACGAAAACCAAGACCUAUGAUGUUAAAGAGGCAGAGACUUCUAAUGCAAUUUUAUUAUUACCUAAUUUGACAUUUCCAGAUGAGCAAUCUGAAGAAAAUGAAUUAAUUAAUAGAAAAAUCGUUGGCAUAUUUCACACUUACUUUGAAGUUAGACCUUGUAAACCACGAUUAAAAAAGUUAACACACUUGUUAAGCAAGUGUAGUUAUAAAGGAUCAGAGUGUGAAAGCGAAAUAUUGGAGACUUGUGAAAUGUACACCUAUGAAAAGUUGUCAGCAGUAGUACAAGCUAGUGAUGGCGAGCUGAAAGAAGCUUUGAAAGAAAUAGGCGCAUUUCAAAUCAACGAAUAUUGGAGAGUGCUCCAAUUUGACUAUGAAGCUAGAGUACUAUCGUAUUUAUUAAAUUUAAUCGAUGAACAGUCAUGGCCAUACAAUGCUGUACCAAUGGAUGAAACAAUAAAAAUUCUCAGCGAUUUAAUACCUUCAGUAAUAUUGCACCAUAUCAUUGACAAAUAUAGUACAUGGUGUUUAUCUACAAAUUUAAGUGAAACACAUCGCUCGUUAAUUGAAGACAAAGUAUGUCGAUUUCUUGCCAUAGUCCUUUUAAGGCCGUGUGAAAAGUUUAAUUUUUUCGACUUCCAAAGAGCCUGGCAAGGGAGUGUGCCGGAAGGUAUGACAACAGACUUAAAACAACUUGAAGGUACUGUACUCAUUGAUAAGUCCAGUCACCCACAGACCAUUUGCUAUUUUAAUGAGCAAGACUUACCAGAUGACAUAGUUGAAAGAAUUCAAUACUUGUUUCAAAUUCGAGAAAAAUGGACAUUCAAUGAAAUUCGUCCAUUUGUUGAGAGAUUAGCGACCGAAAAGACCAAUGUCAACAAUUUGUUAGCCAAACACACUAGAGCAACGACUUUCGAAGGUGUACGAUACUAUUGUUCAAGGCAUAGUUCAAAAUAAAUACUUAAUAAAUAAAAAUGGCAUUUGCCAUUGUAUUAUAUUCAA